CGGAGGCCGCCCCAGCCGCCGCCCCCUCGGCGCCCCCCGGCCCCGCCCAGCCGGGCAGCGUCUCCCCGCCGCAGGGGGCCACGUCGCCGGCGGAGAAGGGGGAGGGGGGCCCCCAGCGCGCCAUCCCGCGCCGCCACGCGCCCCUGGAGCAGCUGGUCCGGCAGGGCUCCUUCCGCGGCUUCCCCGCCCUCAGCCAGAGGAACUCGCCCUUCAAACGCCAGCUCUCGCUGCGGCUCAGCGACCUGCCCUCCACCCUGCAGCGCAAGGGGGACUGCCCGCCCGGGGGCGCCGUGCCGGAUCUGGAGUCGACCCCGACCGGUGACAGCGAUGGGAUCAGCGCCCUCUGCAGCCAGAUCGACGCCUCCUUCGCUCGCCCGCCCGCCGACCCCUUCAGCCCCACGGCCGCCGACGGCACCGCCUCCCCCCCCACGGGGCUCCCCCAAGGGCCGGCCGCCUGGGGAGAGCCCGGGGCGGGGGCCCCUUCGCAGGCCCCCCCGUUCCAGCCCGGACACAAGAGGACCCCGUCGGAGGCCGAGCGCUGGCUGGAGGAGGUGGCCCAGACGGCCAAGGCGCAGCAGGUGGCAGUGCCCGCGGCCCUGCCUGCCACGCUGCCCCCCUACCCCGUGAGCUACGACGCCGCGCCCGCCCCCGUGGGCAUGUUCCUGCCGCCCCACAUGCAGCCGGCCUACGUGCCCGUGGGGGCCUACCCGCCGGCCGGGCCCUUCGCGGCCCCCAGCGUCCCUGUGGUGGGCAUCACCCCCUCCCAGAUGGUGGCCAACGUCUUCUGCUCCGCCGCCCAGCUGCCGCCCUCGAACUUGGGGGGCAAGGCCAGCCCCUUCCCCCCUGCUCUGCUGGGCCCCACGCUGCCCCCUCCCCCCCAGGCCCGACCCAAGUCCGGCAGCGCUGCCCCCUGGCCCCCGGAGUCGGGCCAGCCGGGGGCCAUGGCCCCCCCGCUCGCCACCGCCCGCCCUGGGCCCAAGCCGGACCCCUUUGAGGCUCAGUGGGCGGCGCUGGGGGCCAAGCCCCCCGGGGGGGCCGACCCGGUGAACCCCUUCGCCGGAGACCUGCAGAAAACCUUUGAGAUCGAGCUGUGAGCUGGGGGGGAGCGACCGGGGGUCCCUGAGCCCCCCACUACGGAACGGACUGUGGGGCCAGGUAGAGGUGGGGGAUGUACGGAGACCCCCCAACCCCAGCGGGACGUGGGUCACCACCUCCUUGUCAAACGGGGGGACAGGCUGGGGAGGGGCCCCCAGGGCUGCUGCCCCCCCCAGCAUCAGCUUUGGGGGCUUUGCCUGGGGGCCGAUGGGGGGCUGAGUGUGGGUCCCGGUCACUGGAGGUGGGGCUGGGGAAUGUGGGGGUGAGGAACCUCCCCCCCAGGUGAUGAAAUGGUUAACGGGUCCCUGGCUGGCUGCAAACGGGGAGGGACCCUGGGCUGGACGUGUGGGGGGGCUGGAUGGGGGCACCUCCCAGACCCAGGGGUGAUCAGGGCUAACCCCCCCCCAGUCUAAUGGUCAGGCCUG